AUGGUUGUCGUGGCCAAGGGCGAUCUGGUCUGGUAUGACAGCGGUGCCACUGGCGAGUUUGACUUGCCCAUUGGUGCUGCCGUCGUUUCCGCUGAUCAAGGUCAGAUUGUCAUCAAAACGGACGACAAUGAGGAAGUCUGGAUUCCAACCGAAAAGGCAGAUACGCAGCUGAAGAUUAUGCACUCCACCUCGGCCGAGGGUGUAGAGGACAUGAUUCAACUGGGUGAUUUGCAUGAGGCGGGCAUCUUGCGCAACUUGCAGAUUCGCUACAACGACCCAAAUGGCUGCAACCUGUACACCUUCACCGGCUCCAUUCUCGUGGCCGUCAACCCUUACCAGCUCCUCCCCAUUUAUGACGCGGAACACAUUGAAAAGUACAAGGGUCAGAAAAUUGGCGACCUGCCACCCCACAUUUUCGCCAUCGCCGAUGCCUCCUACACCAUGAUGCGUCGCGAGCGCCGUAAUCAGUGCUGCGUCAUCUCGGGCGAGUCGGGUGCCGGUAAGACCGAGACCACCAAGCUUGUCUUGCAGUUCUUGGCUGCUGUGUCAGGCCAGCAUUCUUGGAUCGAACAGCAGAUUCUCGAGGCCAACCCCAUCCUCGAAGCCUUUGGCAACGCCAAGACCAUCCGCAAUGACAAUUCAUCUCGUUUCGGCAAAUACAUUGACGUGCAUUUUGAUGCCGAAG